AUGGUACACAAACUACGAGACCUUGUCCAGAACUUUUGGCUCUUUACGAAAGACGAUGCAUGGACCUUCGUAGCCCCCAAUACCAUCUUCGGCCUCAGCAGUGCUCUCGCUGGCCGUGUAUUUUGCAAUCACAGUCAAUCUUGGCAGGAUACCCUCUUGCGCGCCCCACUUGUCGUUCUCUUCAACUGGGCCACACUACUCAUCUUCGAUCUCGCAAAUCAGCGUCUCCCCGAGUCUGUACGAGAGGAUGCACUCAACAAGCCGUGGCGACCGGUGCCUAGUGGUCGAAUGUCAAGUGAGGCUGUCCGAAUGACUAUGCUGGCUUGCAUACCCUUGGUUCUAAUCCUGGGGAACAUGCUCGGAGCAGGCCCACAGUGUAAUGGGAUCAUUAUUCUGACAUGGCUUUAUAACGAUUUGGGUGGCGGUGACCAGAACUGGGCUCUUCGAAAUCUUAUUAUCGCUGUCGCAUUUGGGUUGUUCAAUGUGGGAUCGUUGCGGGUGGCGGUAGGGGCAGGGAGUGAAGAGUUAGAAUUAAGUUACCAUGGGAAAAUGUGGACUGUCAUGAUCAGUGCGGUGAUCUUCACUACCAUGCAUGUACAGGACUUGAAAGAUCAGCUAGGGGAUAAAAGUCGAGGCCGACACACAGCGCCGCUGAUAUUGGGAGAUCACUAUGCAAGGUAUACCAUCGCAAUUCCAGUGGCUGUUUGGUCCGUGAUCAUGUCAGUUUAUUGGAACAUGCGGCAGUGGAGUCUUGUACUCAUUCUGUUAGGAUCAUAUAUCUCCUGGCGUUGUUUAAUGUUGAGAAACAAGGAGGAAGAUCGAAAGACCUGGCAAUUCUGGGCUGCGUGGACCGCUGUCCUCUAUAUACUCCCAACUAUUUUCAGUUAA